CGAAUAAAAAAAAAGUGGGAGGUUGGGCCGUAAACCUGGUCAGCCCACUUGUUUGUUUUUUUUGGGUUUUUUUUUAUUGGAUUUGGACUUUUGGUUUGGGCUAAUUUAAUUGAAGUGGUGGACCUGAUUUUCUGACGAAAUUACCAAGAUCUGAAAUUAGUUGUACAGGGUAUCUUGUCUAGUCGUGUGAUAUGGCAGAAGACGGGAAGUUCCGAAUUGAAAAGUUCGAUGGUACAGAUUUCAGUUGGUGGAGGAUGCAAAUUGAAGAUUUGCUUGUUCAGAAAGAUUUGGACGUGGUAUUGGGUGACAAGCCAGAAAAGAUGUCAGAUGCAGAUUGGGCAGGGUUGGAUCGGAAAACAAUGUCCGUGAUCCGUCUCUCGUUGACCAAGAAUGUUGCGUUCAACAUUCUGAAGGAGAAGACAGCGAAGGGAAUUAUGGACGCACUGUCUAACAUGUACGAGAAGCCAUCUGCAGCGAACAAAGUUUUUCUGAUAAGAGAGCUGGUGAACACAAAAAUGAAAGAAGGCACUUCAGUUACCGAGCAUAUCAACAAGUUGAAUUCGAUCUUAGCCAGACUAUUGUCAGUGGGCAUUAAGUUCGAUGAUGAAGUUCAAGCUUUACUACUGCUAUCGUCUUUACCUGAUAGUUGGUCCGGAACGGUUACUGCAGUUACCGGUUCAGUGGGACCCGAUGGAUUCCCCUUUGAUCAGAUUCGAGAUCUCGUUCUUGGCGAGGACGUCAGAAGAAAGAGUUCAGGGGAGUCAUCUGCGGUGAAGCAUUGCAGAAUCUGGUUAUUAGAGACUUUGGAAAGAUACGACAGAGCUCUUGAUGUGACGGGCAUGAGUGACAUAGUGCUGAAGACCCCAGCUGGUUUCUGGACUUUGAAGGAUGUCAAAGUUGUUCCAGCCUUGAAGAAAAGUUUGAUUUCUGUCAGGCAGUUGGACGAACAGGGACAUGAGGUGAAGUUCAGAGAUGGGCAGUGGAAGGUCGUGAAGGAAAACCUUAUCAUGGCCCAUGGAAAGAAGAGAGGUUCGCUGUAUAUGAUCGAGUUACCAUCUGAGGGAGUGACCGUCCCAGUUCAGAAGAGAAACAAAGUCCGGUUCACAGAGUCUCGUGGGCAGAAUAAGGUUGUCUGUGCAAGAGAGAAACCUAGAGCCACUGGUCAGACUCAGGAUGAACGAGCGUGGAAAGGUUCAAGGGGGCCAGUCGGAGGAUCCGGCAGUGUGCGUCUGCAGUGGGAGCCGGUAGGGACCGAGGACGAGUCAGGGGCAGAUUUUGCCGUGACUGAUGUGUUGGAGCUUGGGAGAGCUUCAACGGGUCUUUCAGUUGUCUGAUGAUAGGGCCGCUGCAACAGGAGAGUUGAGGAAGAUUACUCGAUGUACAGGGAAUCGUGGUGGAUGGCAGUUGAUGACUAUCAAGCCUCCAAGUGGGAGAAUGUUGGGUUUGUGGAGGCUUGGGCUUGACUUUUGGUCCGGCCCAUGUUACGAAACCCUAGAUGCACUCUUCCUAUAUAUAUUGCAUACUUGUACUUGUAAUCGACACCACAAGUGAAAUAAGAAAAUCCUCCUGUUGUA